AUUUGUAAUGUUGGCAUUAGUCGUAAUAGUCGGCACACUCGGCAUCCACAAAAAGCGAACUCAUCAUCUUGCUUGAUUGUGCAUUUUGCGAAACCACUGCUAAAAAUUCAAGUUUUUAGCAGAUAUUCCAACAAAAUGGGCCACGGGAACGAGAUGGAGGUGGACGAAAAGCCUCAAAAAGGAGAAGGCUUUCGCCAGUACUACAUCACGAAAAUUGAGGAGCUGCAGUUGAUUGUGGCCGAAAAAAGCCAAAAUUUGAGGCGACUGCAGGCCCAAAGAAACGAACUCAACGCUAAAGUGCGAAUGCUUCGGGAGGAGCUGCAGCUGCUUCAGGAGCAGGGCUCGUACGUUGGUGAAGUAGUUAAGCCAAUGGACAAAAAGAAGGUGCUGGUGAAGGUGCACCCUGAAGGCAAGUUCGUUGUUGACCUGGAUAAGAACAUCGACAUCAACGACGUCACGCCUAACUGCCGAGUCGCGCUGCGCAAUGAGAGCUACACGCUGCACAAAAUCCUGCCCAACAAAGUGGACCCACUGGUGUCUCUGAUGAUGGUCGAGAAAGUGCCUGACAGCACCUACGAGAUGGUCGGCGGCCUUGACAAGCAGAUCAAGGAAAUUAAGGAAGUGAUUGAGCUGCCCGUCAAACACCCUGAGCUGUUUGACGCCCUUGGCAUUGCUCAACCCAAGGGAGUGCUGCUCUAUGGUCCUCCUGGCACAGGCAAAACCCUACUGGCCAGAGCAGUUGCCCACCACACAGAGUGUACUUUCAUUCGCGUGUCUGGCUCCGAACUUGUGCAAAAGUUUAUUGGUGAGGGCUCGAGAAUGGUUCGAGAGCUUUUCGUGAUGGCCAGAGAACAUGCACCUUCAAUCAUCUUCAUGGACGAAAUUGAUUCCAUUGGGUCAUCAAGAAUUGAGUCAGGCAGUGGAGGCGACUCUGAGGUCCAGCGAACCAUGUUGGAGCUCUUGAACCAGCUGGACGGUUUUGAAGCCACCAAGAAUAUUAAGGUCAUCAUGGCCACCAACCGCAUUGACAUUCUGGACCCCGCUCUUCUUCGACCUGGCAGGAUUGACAGAAAGAUUGAGUUUCCACCUCCAAAUGAAGAAGCCAGACUGGACAUUCUCAAAAUUCACUCCAGGAAAAUGAAUCUGACGCGCGGAAUCAAUUUAAGGAAAAUUGCUGAACUGAUGCCUGGCGCCUCUGGUGCUGAAGUCAAGGGUGUUUGUACUGAGGCCGGAAUGUACGCACUGAGGGAACGAAGAGUGCACGUGACCCAAGAGGACUUUGAAAUGGCUGUGGCCAAGGUUAUGCAGAAGGAUUCAGAGAAGAACAUGUCUAUCAAAAAGCUCUGGAAGUAGGCUAGUAUUUCAGAUCAUCGUUAUAAGUUGCCGAUUUCAAAUAAAAUUAAUAUAAGUUAA